AGAACCACCGCGUCGGCUCAAGAUCCCGCGCGGCACGCUCCCGCCGCGCCCUGGAGCUGGGCACUCGCGCGGGCCCCGCUCCCCGCAGGGGGCGGACGAGGCCUGCAAGGGCAUGACGAUGUCCUGCCGCCGCGUCACCUUCGCGGUUGACGUGGAGGAGUACGACGGCGACGGGGACCCGCACGCGACAGGGCAGCAGUCGCUGCUGGAGCAGCUGGCGUCGUCCGACGACGCGCAGCGGGCCAGGCGGAGCGCGGCGGCGCAGGGCUGCUGCUGGAGCUCGCCAGACCUGGAGGGCGGGAGGCACCACGCUGCCGCCAGCCACGACAGGUUCCCGCUGAUGAGCUCCCCGGUGUGCAAGACGGCGCUGGUGGUGGCUGUCGUCUGGAUAGUCGCCUUCGUCGGGCUGUACGCCAGGGGAGACGAGGACGCGCCGCCGGAGGAGGCGGGCGUGGCCCCCGAGCGAAUGGCCCUGGGGCAGCACGCGGUCUCGACGACCAGCGGGGCCAGCAGCGCCUUCGCCCCGCCCUCCGCGUCCAGCGCUGGCACGCUCUCGGAGAGCUGUCAAGGUCCGCUGUGCAUAUUCCACCGGGCAGCUACAAAACUUGUGCGCGAUGAUCCAGGCCAAUUUCCGCUACAGCAGCGUCCUGGAGAGUCUCGGCUCGAGGCCUUGGGCUUCCCGCCCAGCGAGGCCACGGCGCCAAGGACCACCACCGAGUUCAGGCUAGGCCCACUCAGAACAACGUCGACUAAGUCGACGACGUUCGCGACGGUCACGCGGUCGACGACGUCCACAACGUCCACGACUUCCACGCCGACCACCUCGACAGCAAGUGCGCUGGUGGCCACCGACCCGGCGGCGCCCAGCUGCACGGUGGUGAAGGAGGGGGACCUGUGCUACGGCGAGGUCAUCAAGGCCAUGUACGACGUCCGGGAGCCCAGGGGCAAGAGGCAGAGGCGGCCCGGCAAGGGGGCCACCUGCGUGCCCGCCGGCGGCGGCCAGCGGGCAGCCACGAGCGGGCCCAGGAUCUACGGCGAGGGCGCCCGCGACCAGGAGCCCAAGUCCGCCGAGGAUCUCGUGCCGAAACCGAGGACCGUCGAGCCGACGAGACCCGACGGGCCCAAAUCCAUCGAGGACCUCGUACCCAACCCGAGGCCCGUCGUGCCCAAGUCCGUCGAGGAUCUCGUGCCGAACCCGAGGCCCGUCGUGCCCAAGCCCGUCGAUGACCUCGUGCCCGAGCCGAAGCUCGUCGAGUCCAUGACGCACCUGGGUGUCAGGCCGAGGGCGGACGACGACGACUCCGACGUGAGCAAGGCGAACGACGAGGCGACAUUCGCCGUCGGCGACAAGGUCGAGGGCAACUUCAAGGGCUGGGACUGGUACGGCGCGGCCGUGGUGGCCGUCAACCCCGACGGCACCUACAAAGUGAAGUGGGACGAUGGAGACGAUGAGGACACGAUCAAGACUCCCCAGGAACUUCGUCAGCCGAGGGCGCGCCGUCUGCACGAGUUCCCCUGCAGCGAGGAGGACCUGGACGAGUACGGCAGCCUCACCAGGUGGUCUUCCUUCGAGGAGUUCCAGGACUUCCUGUACCUGAACGACCCCAGCAGCAGCUGCUCGUCCAGCUGCAAGUGUAGCACUGCCAAACAGGGGUCGCAAUGCUACGACUCUGUGCUGUGGAGCUCCACGGUGGGUAUCACGGAGCACCCCGAGUGGUACUCGGAGCUCACGGAGGACUCGCCGUUCGAGCACUUCCAGGAGCACCUCUGGAAGUGGUUCAACGACAGCAAGUGCGAACGGCCUUGCCAGGCUUCCUUCAAGGGCAAGCCCUCGAUGUUCUGCUGGUCACUAGCCAGGGCCACCGGAUACGAGGCGCAGGUGAUGACGAGGCAAUUGGAGCUGGGCGCAGGCAUCUUCGGCUGCGACGGCUACGCUGUGGUCAGCGAGGAGAAGUGGGACGUCGGUUCGGGGCCGGGUAAGCGCAUCGGCCAGGUGACCUCCCUGGUCUUCAAGGGCGCUUCCGUCGGCAUCUCCAAGGACGGCACCGCGGCCAACACGGAGCAGUUUAUCCUGGGGUGGAAGGCGGUGCUCGAGCACACGACGAUCCUCAAGCACGACUGGGCCAUCAAGGCAGACCCAGACUCGGUGAUCGUCGUGGACAGGCUUCGGGGCCAUCUCCUGGGGAGCACCGGCAUGUCCACCUUCGUCAGAAACUGCAACUCGAUUCCAGACAGCCCCGACUACCCGAUGAUGUACGGAUCGAUGGAGGCGAUCUCGAGGAAGGCCCUCAAGGUGCUCCAGGACGGAGUGGACUCCUGCAUGAUCGCCUUGGACUGGCAGACGUGGGGCGAGGACUUCUUCCUCAGCAAGUGCUUCGUGCACCUCAACGUGCAACCGUUGGACGAUCUCGCGAUCACCAGCGACGGCGUCUGCCUCGGGGUCGACUGCCACGACGACCAGGCGGCCGCGUUCCACCCGUUCAAGGGCGUCGACGAGUGGACGAAGUGCUGGAACUCGGUCACCGCGAACAUGGGCGGCCCCCCUCCGCCACUGCCGUAGGGAGGUAGCUGGCAGCAGCCUGCGGCGGCGAGCUGAGCCGCGGGGCCUGCCGCGCCGCCGCGGAGGGCGGCCGCCGGUGCCGCCGGCAUCACUGCUGCCGCGGGUUGAGUCCGUUCGGAAGCCUCGGCGCGGCCAGUUUUGCCAGGAACAGGGUUCGGCUUGAAUUGUGUUUUCGCGAUUCCUCGUACCAUUUGAUGCGAAUGGGUCGGGUACGUCACAGAGCUGUUCUUUAUUAUCUUCCUGGCAAAAUCAGCCUGUAUGGGGGACAUGCCCGACCAAACUUUUGUCUUCUGUGCUCCUCCAUGGAUUUUAUGGAAGAGUGGGCCUGCGAAUGCUUCCUGCCCCGAUAUGCGGGGAUCACGAGGAUCCUUUUUGCAGUUAAUGAUCCGCGCGCUCGCGCUCUGUUCGGAGACGACGAGCAAGCUCAAGUGUCCCAACUGCCUCUGGCUCUGGCAUACUAUUCAUGCUUUCGUCAGCGCACCGACUAAACAGUCGACCAGAAUUCGGGGAAACUUUGCUGCUGCCUUAUGCGGCGUGCAGUCCUGGGGGCCAGAGCACGGCAGGACCAUAGAGCCAUCUUGUGCUGGCUUGUCGGCUGGCCCGGCUUAUAGGCUGGUUGCAAAGCCGCGCAGUACACAUGAGGUGGCCCUUUGUGGAACCCGAUCGUGCCAGGAGAGGUGUGUCUUGAAAAAGG